UACUCUCUCGUCUCUCUGCUUUCCCUCUCUUUUUCACAAAGUCCCGCCAUGGAAGCCACUCUUCUCGGCUCGAGUCGCUUCUUUCCUCUACCCAGAACUCAUACGAAGAUUAAAGGUUCUAAUAUCCAAUUGUAUAGUCCGCCUAUUGCUGCUUCUUAUCCUAUCUGUAGGGUGAAUACUGUAGAAUCUAGCAGAAGACAUAAAAUGUUUCUUGACAGACCUUUUAUUUCGAAAGUGAAUAAAAGAUCCUUUGUCAAAUUCUCAGAUCAGAUCUGUAGGAACUGUAUGACCAUUGAGGGUACUUCUGCAAGCUCUCUGAAUCUUGAAACUAUUUCACCGCGGAUAACUGGCGGGACAGAUGGUCUCAUUUCACAAGACAUUAAUGACUUCGAGGACUCGCAUUCCAGACCUAAAAUGUUUAGAAAUAGGUUUCUGAAUUUUGUACGUAUCAGUUCUGUCCUCAAUAAUGCUGCUGAGUCAUUUUUCAAGAGUGAGAUAAGGCGGAGGUUAUUUGUUACGGCGCUACUUAUUGUUGUUAGUCGUGUUGGCUAUUUCAUUCCUCUCCCCGGAUUUGAUAGAAGGUUGAUACCUCAAGAUUACCUGAGCUUUGUCUCUGGUUCCGUAGAUGAACUAGGUGAUUUUGCAGGAGAGCUUAAACUCUCCCUUUUCCAGCUUGGUGUUGGCCCUCAGAUCAUGGCAUCAAUUAUCAUGCAGGUGCUCUGUCAUAUUGUCCCCUCGUUGGUAAAGCUGCGUAAAGAAGGCUUAGAUGCCCACGAGAAGAUUAAGAGUUAUAUAUGGUGGAUGUCACUUGGCUUUGCAAUAUUGGAGGGUCUGAUCAUUGCUUGUUAUUCACUUCCAUAUUCAGUCUAUGUAGCUACUAACAGGGUCAAACAUGUGAUGGUGACUACUCUUUUAUUAGUAUGUGGUGCAAUGUCAAUAACAUGGAUUUGCGAUACCAUCUCAGAAUCUGGAUUUGGGCAAGGUUCAAGUUUAAUUAUAUGUGUGGGAAUAUUAACGGGCUACACCGAAAUGUUAUACAAUAUGUUGUCUCGGCUUUCAGGGAGUGCAAUGAAUUGGUGCCCAUAUAUACUAGGUUUAUUGGGCGUUUUCACCUUAGUCACCAUGUGGGCAGUUGUGGUAACUGAAGGUUGCCGGAAGGUUAAACUGCAGUAUUAUGGUUUUAAACUUGCUUCAGCUGCUAGAGAUGAAUCCCCAAUUACUGAAGUGGAGCCCUAUAUCCCUUUUAAUAUCAAUCCAGCUGGAAUGCAACCUGUUCUCACCACUAAUUAUCUGUUGGCCGUUCCUGGUAUUCUUGCAAGUCUCCUUGGUUUGCCUUUCUGGGAGCAUGUUAAGGAGAUUUUGAAUCCUGAAACUGCUAUUGGCGCAAAACCUUGGGUUUACUACUCUGUAUAUGCCUUGUUUGUCUUUUUGUUCAAUAUAUUUGACAUUGCCAACUUGCCGAAGGAAAUUUCUGAUUACUUGAAUAAGAUGGGUGCCAGGAUACCGAACGUGAAACCUGGGAAGGCGACUAUUGAAUACCUCACGAAGAUUCAAGCAUCAACACGUUUCUGGGGGGGUCUGUUGUUAAGUAUUUUGGCAACAACAUCAAGCAUACUCGAUCAUUAUUUACGCCGUAUCAAUGCAGGAAUCGCAAUUGGUUUUACAUCGGUCUUAAUCAUUGUUGGCUCCAUCAUUGAACUAAGAAGAUCAUAUCAAGCAUAUAAUGUAAUGCCAAGUUUAAGCAAAGCUUUGAGGCGGUAUGGCGUAUGACUUCCUACAAGACAGUAAGCUGACGUAGUGCAUUAUAAGGUCUAGUUCUUGAUGCUAGCUUUUCGUUGUAAGAGUUGGGAUUUUUAUCUUGGUACUGCAUGAAUCCGCUCUCAAAUAAUGUGUCUUGAUGAGCAUAGAGCCUGGCUGAAAAAUGCCUCCAGAUUGUGUCAUUGUGUUUGGCAUCACAAUGACACAAUCUAAUUUAUGCUGUGAUGGAGGUUUCUCAGUGGCGGACGUUGCAGAGAAAGAGAGAAUAAAAUGCGGGUUCGUUGACUGGGCAAGAGCAGCUCUGAAGCCUCAUCUGUCUUCUGCAGAGGAUUUUGCUUUAAAUAGGUGUAGAAAAGGGAUUCAGUUGAUUGUGGGGUAAUGCUGCUUGUCCUCAAAUAAACAAAGGACGUGACUUCAGAUCCUAUAAAAUUUUAAAUGUUGUUGUAAUAGUGUGUAAAUUAAUGCCCCCUUUUUUUUUUUUUUGGGAUAUGUUUAUGUUAGAUGGCGCGAAUCGGAGAGGUACAGAAAAUUUUGGUCUGCUGUUGUUGACACUUGAUAUGGUCCCUUGUUUUUGUCUUCA